UCCUUGCUUCGACUUCAGUCAUGAUCCAGGGUGCAUUUAGGCAAGAGUAGUUCUUCUGAUAAGUCAUAAGUGUCCCAUUUCAUAUCAAAAAUGAGAAAAAUUCCACACUGGAGAAUUUGCUGCUCAAUUUCCUUGCUUCUUGCAUGCACAUUAUUCACGUGUGUUGUUGAUGUUUGUCAUGCAAAAAGACGCACAACGUUUGAUAGGGAUAUCACCUUAUCGACUGAACAAAAAGCCACCUUAGAUAAGUUUAAAGCUCUAGUUGUAGAUCGAGUUCCGCACAACUACAUGAAAGAAGACAUUUACCUACUAAAAUUCUUGAGAUAUAAGAACUUUGAUAUUCCAGAAGCAGAGAAAUUUUUGAUGCAGGUUCUACAAUGGCGUAAAGAAAACAAAAUGGAUACGAUUGGAGAAGAAGAUUGGUCCGACAUGAAACAGAAAUUCAUGUAUAAUCUCCAGAUGAGAGAUCGAGAUGGUGAACCAGUGCUUUAUUUCAACGUGGAGUCUAUGGACCUAAGACAAACCGUGAUCCAAGGCGGUGAUCGUCGGUUUCUGCGCUAUGUGGAUGGUGCUUUGGAGGAAUCAUGCGGCUUGGUGAGGACGCUGGGCGAAAAGUAUCAAAAUGUGACAAGGGGUCACCUCAUCGUUAACGGGAAGGGCUAUAAUUUGAUACAACAUGGCUGUUUGCGAUGCAUCCCAUCCCUUCUGAGAAUUGUUCUUAGUUACGAGCAACAUUGGCCGGAAUGUGUGGAUCGUAUAUUAGUUUUAAACGCUCCUGGAAUAUUUGUUCCACUACUCGACGCUAUAAAACCUCUGCUCAGUCCGAGUACGAGCCAGGCGUUAACAGUGUUAGGGCCGAACAAAAAGACAAAUUUGGAAGCUCUCUUAAAAUUCAUGGAUAUUGAUGAAAUUCCAGUGGAAUUUGGUGGACGGAAAAUUCUGGACAAUUCUCAGAGUGAUUACGAUGAGAAUUUUACGUACUGAAUUUGCACAUUUUUUAUCUAAAAUCUGAGAAUUUUAAUUUCUUCCCAUGCAACUGAUAAUUACACAUGUCUCCACACACUUACAUACAUGUGUACGUACAUAUUAAUGUACAUAGGUAUGAAACACGUUUUCUCAGUAAAAUCAUUUACAUGCAAUUUACAUUAGUAUAGUUUUUCUGUAAGGGCAUUAAUAAUUGGGCUGCUGGAUGGUUAAUUAUUCUCUUUUUAUUAUAUUUAUGUCUUACUUUACAUGAAUAAAUAACAUUUACAAUUA